AUGAUGACAGUGGAUCACCACGAUGCGGAUCUACAGAAGAGGAAGCAUGGAUCGAUGUCGACAUCAGAUGCACAACCAACCACUUCGGUAUUCCCACAUUUCCUUUUUCCCGGAACAGCCUUUCCUCCGCCGUCGACAGUAUCCGAGCUCUCCUCUCCAAUGUUGAUGCACAACAAUUCGAUGGAUAUCUCUCCGGCCCAAAUUCAGCAAGCCUACCUCUCGUUUCUUGUCGGACAACAACUCAACUCAGCAGCAGUGGCCGCAGCUAAUCCGUUACGUAUUCUGGCUCAAGAUCAAGCCAGAGCAGCAGCAGCGUUGAAUCCGUUCGGAAUGUUGCAGCUGCCAUCACAGACACCUCUUCGGAUGCCGGUAGAGCUGUCGUCGAAUCCGCUCGCCCUCCACAAAAAGCAAAGUCGACCCACAUUCACCGGCCAUCAGAUUUUUAUGUUGGAGAAGAAAUUCGAACAGACAAAAUAUCUAGCCGGAUCCGAUCGUGCACAAUUAGCCCAGGAAUUGAGCAUGAGCGAAAGUCAAGUAAAGGUAUGGUUUCAAAACCGACGCACGAAAUGGCGUAAGAAGGAAGCCGCUGACAACGCUCUCGGUAAACGUCAAGAAGAUCUGAAGUCACCUAGCGAGCAGAUACAGACACUCCAGAACAUUCCCUUCAUCACCUCUCCGAACUGA